AAAUAGCGUGUUCCGUUAUUAUUUAAAACAUUGCAUUUGAAAGUGUUAUGUAAGUUUUAUUAAUGUUUAUUUGUUUUAGAUUUGUUUAGGAUUCUCCAAUUCACGUAUACAUUCCAGUAUGGCAUCAGGAAGCGGAAUGAGCGAGAGGUUUCAACUGAUAUGCGGUACUGCACUGUUAAGCUCCAUCUUUAUAAUAUGUAUCGGGCUUGCUGGACUUGGGAUCGCCAGGAUCGUAAUUGGUUCUGUGUACCUCCACGACUGCCCCUUGGAGCCUAAGAUUCCGAUCUGGCUGAUCGUGAGUGCCGUGUCUACAAUCUACUUUAAUAUGAUGGCUCAUCGCUCAAGGGGCGACUCCGACCAGAGCGACAUAAGUUGUUCUGGAUACAUUUGUUACACAGUUGGAGCGUUGUUCUUCCCGACAUGGCUUAUCUGCGGGUCCAUCUGGGUGUAUCCAAACUUUGGAAAAAUCAGAGCGGACGAUUUUAUUCCUUGUUCUGGCAACAUAACGACUAAUUGUACAGCGGACUGUCACCGACCACUCAUGGAUUUCUCCUUAGCCAUGGUGACCAUUGAUUGGAUACUCACAUUACUCGCUGUUGUCUGCUUUGGGUUCAAGAUUCGAUCGUUUGUUUCUAAGCAAUAGAAUGCCCAAGUAAUAAACCAGCAGCAACAUCAAAAUGAGACUGGCACCAAUAACUACAUUCUUUCUAAAAUUAUUUUUUCCUUUUCUAUUUUGUAAGAUACGAAACUGUGAAGAUAAAGUGAUGUAUAUUUGUGUGACGCGCCAAUAAACUCGUAUGUAUUCAACGCUUAGCUGACAUUAUUUUGUUCUUUUGACAUGAAGAACAAGUAUAGCUGAACAAAAUUCAAACAAAUACACAACCGCUGGACCUCGAUUUUUAUUUUUGUUUCAACUACGUUGAAAUUAACCUUUGUAAAUUUUACAAAGAGGUUUAGCAUCAAAGCCCAUGUAGUUAUGACAAAAAAUGACAUUGUAGUUUAUGUUUGUCAGUGAAAAAAAUAAAUUCAAAGGAAACUGAAGUUGCAAUAGUAUUAUUGUUAAAUAAAUUUAUGUAUGAUUUAUACAGUAAUUUUUAUUUGGUACACUGGGCAUGUUUUUACAGCGUUUA